AUGGAGUCAUUCGUAAAGAAUAACAGCGAAUAUGUCACGCUUUACACAGUAAACUAUGGAAUUGAAGGAGAAGGAACCAAAAUAUCGCACGUUACUCACGACACUCUUCAAGAUUUACUUUCAAAACACUCAAAUGUGAAAUCGGACGUUUAUGCAAUCAAGCCAAAGGACAUGGAUAUAAAGACAUGCGCACGAAGCUUAUGGGAGAAAAACAUAAAAUUUGCCUCCGAAAAUCUUUCAAAGGCCUCGGAAAACAAUUCUCUCUUUAUUCCAAAUUUUGCAAACCUGAGAAUAUCCAACAUAAGAAUGCGUACAUUCGCAAACAUAACAAGCGCAAAACCAGAACCAGCCGCCAAAAAACAAGUUAAACCAGAAGUAAAAAAAGAGGAGCCUAUUGCAAAGAAGGAACUCACAAAGGAAGAAUCUACUAUAUCUAUGGAUAUUGAUAAAUCUCCGCAAAAGAUCAAACCAAAAGAAAAGGAACCUGAAAAAACAAAGGCUAAAAAAUCUGAAAAGACAAAAUCAAAGACCACAUCAAUAAAAGCAAGCUUUGAGGAAGUAAAAAAGACAAAGGGCGCAAACUUGGAAUCUUCAAAGAUUAAAAUUCAAAAAACAGAACCGGAAGCAGAACUGUUUGACAGCGAUGUCCCGGAGGAACCUGUUGAGGUUAAAAAGCCAGUUGAACCGCAAAGUGUUACAUUUGUGGAAAAGGUUUCAAAGGAGAGUACCUAUGUUGAAAAUGGAUAUUUUGUGGUGGAGGAAUCUGAUGACUACGUGCAAGUGGUGAAAACUCCAGCGAAGCCAGAAAAGGCUCCAGCUGAGCGUAGCCCUGCCACAGUUAAGGAACCAGAGAAGAAGACUGCAAAACCACGUUCGACGAAAAUGAACCAAUCAAACAUCAUGUCAUUUUUCCGCAAGUGA